AUGGCUACCUACUAUCAAUCCACAGGAAAAUUUAUCACAUCAGAUGGAACUUCCUACUCCGGAUAUUCUGGUAAUGACGAGGGAUUGAACAAUCCCGAUAAAGAAUCGGUGCGAUGUGUUGGUCCUAUUCCUAAGGGUGAGUAUACAGUAACAGAUUCAAGAACCUCGAAGGGUCCUAUGACGUUAGUAUUAACACCAUCUCCAUCGAACAUUAUGUAUGGUAGAUCCGAUUUUUUAAUUCACGGAGAUAACAAAAAGAACGAUUAUUCAGCGUCAAAAGGCUGCAUCGUUGUUGGACCAGACGCACGUCGAAAAAUAUCAAUCGGCGACAAGAUUGUAGUGAAAACAUAG